AAACCGAAGCAAGCAAUGGUCAACCACAACAAAGAUGGCGGCAGCAACGUCUCCACGGCAACGGCGACGCAUUUGUCCGCAAGCGCACCAACUUUUGUUCCGGCCUGCCAUUUUGACGUCACUUCCGGCUCCGGCGGGCGGUGUGCGCGCAGCUCUUCCUGUUGCUGUUGUGGUGGAGAUCCCGGUCCUGGUGAGUGGAGUCUGAGUGAGUCUCGCGGAGGGACUCGGAGAGAAUGGGGCACCAGCAGCAUGGAAAGGGAAGGUGGGAAGAACGCGGCUGUUGUCGCAGUUGUGACUGAGCCUCGGUUUACCCAGCGAUACAGGGAAUAUCUCGAGAAGCAGAAACUCUUGGAUAGACAGCACCGUGUGGCAAAGAUGCCGGAUGGCACCGUGGCGCUACCCGUGCUGGGCGAGGCUCUCCGUGAACAGCACCUGCGGGAGCUGAGGAAUUGUGUGGCCCCAGGCAGCACCUGUAUAGUAACCCAGCUCCUGGAUCCUGUUCCCUCCAAGAAGGCUCAGAGUUGUUCACCUGCCCAAAGGCUGUGUCUUGAAGUGAGUCGCUGGGUAGAGGGCCGGGGAGUGACGUGGUCAGCUGAGUUGGAGGCUGAUUUGCCCCGAUCUUGGCAACGACAUGGUAACCUCUUGUUGCUGAGUGAAGACUGUUUCCAAGCCAAGCAGUGGAAAAAUCUGGAACCAGAACUCUGGGAGACUGUUGCGUCGGCCCUUGGCGUCCGUCGUGUGGCCAAACGAGGGCGGGUAUCACCAGACGGCACUCGAACACCAGCCGUGACUCUGCUGCUGGGCGACCAUGGCUGGGUAGAGCAUGUCGAUAAUGGGAUCCGAUAUAAGUUUGACGUGACCCAGUGCAUGUUCUCCUUCGGAAACAUCACGGAGAAGCUUCGAGUGGCAUCGCUGCCCUGUGCCAGAGAGGUGCUGGUGGAUCUCUACGCAGGGAUUGGCUAUUUUACGUUGCCCUUCCUGGUCCAUGCUGGUGCUGCCUUCGUCCACGCCUGUGAGUGGAACCCCCAUGCUGUAGUUGCCCUGAGAACUAAUCUUGAGAUCAAUGGAGUGGCGGAUCGGUGCCAAAUACACUUUGGGGAUAACAGAAAACUGAAGCUCUCAAACAUUGCAGACAGGGUGAACCUGGGGCUGAUUCCCAGCUCUGAAGAAGGCUGGCCCAUUGCCUGCCAGGUGCUAAAACAGGCUGCUGGGGGCGUUUUGCAUAUCCACCAAAAUGUGGAAUCUUUCCCAGGGAAGAAUCUCCAGCCUCUUGGAAGCAGUGAAAUGGAGAAGGAGCAUUGGCCUUAUCCUCAGCAAAUUAUCACCAACCAAGGGACAAAUGGAGCUACCGGGGAUUCUAGGAGAAAAACACUGCCAGCAGCCACCAAGCCAGAGUGGCAGAGAUGGGCAGAAUCUGCAGAAACUCGUAUUGCCACCCUUCUUCGGCAGGUGCACGGGAAACCAUGGAAGACACAAAUCCUGCACAUCCAACCAGUGAAAUCCUACGCUCCCCAUGUGGACCACAUAGUCUUGGAUCUGGAAUGCCGCCCCUGCCCUCUAGUUGGCUAGAGAAGGUGGAUCCUGAGACCCAAGGAUCUACAUGUAUAUUUGUAUCCAGUAUUGUUCUGAUCUUGUCACAACGAUCACUUUUCAAGUUUUACAUGUACAGUUCGGCCUUUCUAUUAGCUGCAACUUCAGUGUUGGUAAAUUAUUAUGCUUCUUUGCACAUUGACUUCUAUGGUGCCUACAACACAUCAGCUUUUGGAAUUGAGCUGCUUCCUCGCAAAGGGCCCUCACUAUGGAUGGCACUCAUCGUUCUCCAGCUGACCUUGGGCAUUGGAUAUAUUACACUACUGCAGAUCCAUUCCAUCUAUUCACAGUUAAUUAUUUUGGAUCUCUUAGUUCCUGUAAUAGGCCUGAUCACAGAGCUGCCAUUACACAUCCGAGAGACUUUAGUUUUUACUUCUUCCUUGAUUCUCACGUUAAACACAGUGCUUGUCUUGGUAGUGAAACUUAAGUGGUUUUAUUAUUCUACACGAUAUGUUUAUCUUUUAGUGAGGCACAUGUAUCGAAUUUAUGGAUUACAGUUAUUAAUGGAGGACACAUGGAAGAGGAUUCGUUUUCCAGAUAUACUGAGAGUCUUCUGGCUAACAAGAAUUACAGCUCAGGCUACGGUGUUGAUGUACAUCUUAAGGAUGGCAAAUGAAACUGAUUCCUUCUUUAUUUCUUGGGAUGAUUUCUGGGACCUCAUUUGCAAUCUUAUAAUUAGUGGAUGUGAUUCUACACUAACUGUACUGGGCAUGAGUGCUGUAAUUUCCUCAGUAGCCCAUUAUUUGGGCCUUGGAAUAUUGGCUUUUAUCGGAUCCACUGAAGAGGAUGACAGGCGACUUGGCUUCGUAGCACCUGUUUUAUUUUUUAUUUUGGCUCUUCAGACUGGUUUAAGUGGGCUAAGACCAGAAGAGAGACUUAUUCGCUUAAGUAGAAACAUGUGCCUUUUAUUAACUGCAGUCCUGCAUUUCAUCCAUGGGAUGACAGACCCUGUAUUAAUGUCUCUCAGUGCCUCUCAUGUGUCAUCUUUUCGUAGACAUUUUCCUGUGCUCUUUGUCUCAGCUUGCCUGUUUGUUCUUCCCGUUUUACUCAGUUACGUGCUUUGGCAUCACUAUGCGCUAAAUACGUGGUUGUUUGCAGUUACGGCCUUUUGUGUGGAACUCUGCUUAAAAGUAAUUGUUUCUCUCACUGUUUAUACAUUAUUCAUGAUUGACGGCUACUAUAAUGUCCUUUGGGAAAAGCUUGAUGAUUAUGUGUACUAUGUUCGUUCAACAGGCAAUAUUAUUGAAUUUAUAUUUGGAGUAGUGAUGUUUGGAAAUGGGGCUUACACGAUGAUGUUUGAGUCAGGAAGUAAAAUUCGGGCUUGUAUGAUGUGUCUACAUGCAUAUUUUAACAUCUACCUACAAGCAAAAAAUGGCUGGAAGACAUUCAUGAAUCGUAGGACUGCUGUUAAGAAAAUUAAUUCACUUCCUGAAAUAAAAGGGAGCCGCUUACAAGAGAUAGAUGAUGUAUGUGCAAUCUGCUAUCAUGAGUUUACGACCUCUGCUCGCAUCACGCCAUGUAAUCAUUAUUUCCAUGCACUUUGCCUUCGGAAAUGGCUGUACAUUCAAGAUACUUGUCCAAUGUGCCAUCAAAAAGUGUACAUCGAAGAUGACAUUAAGGAUAACUCAAAUGUAUCUAACAACAAUGGAUUUAUUGCACCGAAUGAAAAUCCAGAGGAAGCUAUAAGGGAAGCUGCUGCUGAAUCUGACAGGGAAUUGAACGAAGAGGACAGUACAGAUUGUGAUGAUGAUGUUCAAAGAGAAAGAAAUGGAGUGAUUCAGCAACACACAGGCCCUGCGGCUGACGAGUUUAUUAAUGAUGAUACUGACUGAUUAAAAUAGCAUUUGCUAAUCAUUGAGGUAUUUGUUUAAAAUUCAGUUCAUCCAAAAUGGAGUAAUAUGCUUCACUUCAGUGUGUAACCAAGCACAAAAACAGUAUCCAUGUUGAAUCUGUGAAUGGUUUUCCGUUUACUGUGAUGUGCUACUGUAAAUAUACCUCUUUAAUUACUUCUGGUCUCUUUGGUGACCUAUUUAAAUUUGUGUACAUUGUUGUACAUAGAAUAAAAUGUUUUCACGUUUUUAUGACAAAAUUUGAACAACUAGCUUUUUAAUAGAUGUAAUGAUAAUACAGUGCAUCAACUGUGCCAAAGAUUCCUCAAUGAAAGCAUAUGAAAGUA